CCCCUCCCCCCUGCCCUUAUUAGUCGAAGGUUCCCGGCAGCAGAGCCCUGUCGUCAGAGACGGGCCUAGUAGAGCUCGAAAUUUUUGGACUGGGUCUCUUCUUCCAAGAUUGGUCUGCCAGCUCCGACCCUUACGCGGUGUUGAGACGACGACUGCCAAAACCUGUCAGCCUCACCUCAACCACAACCUCAAUUUCGCCCAGCCGGGGAGCCUCUCUUGUCGCAUUGUUCGUGCAUCCAGCGACGUCUGCCUAGUCCCGGUGAAUCCCUCCCGAGCCGACGCGCCCUGCUGCCCUUCCCCCAAUCCGUUCAGUCUCGUGCGUUUGGCUGUGACGUCGACGCAUUCUCUGACCUCUCAAUCCCCACUGCCACCGCCGGCCCCUCGUCGUCUCGCUCAGUCCGCUCGGAUCCGCCGCGAUCAUGGCCUCAGUCUCGAGUUCGCCCUUCGGCGUCCUGCUCAACAACCCCAUCGCAAAGACCUUCUCAGAUGCCGUCGGCUCCUUCCAAGAGCGCCGCGCGAAGCUCGGCCUGUCGAACCCCGGCACCGUCGAGGGCCUGGCCAAGGAGGUCCAGCGCGAUGUGCUGCUCAACAAUUACAUGUUCACUGGUCUGCGCGCCGACCUGACCAAGGCCUUCAGCCUGUACCCUCUGUUCCAAGUCUCCCAUGCCUUCGCACUGGGCGAGCGGUCAAACCCAUAUACGUUCGCCGCCCUUUACGGCACAAACAAGAUGUUCUUGCAGGGAAAUAUCGAUAACGACGGUCAGCUCUCAACAAGAUUCAACUGGAGGUGGUCGCAAGGCCUGGUCACAAAAACCCAAUUCCAGAUCGGAACCGGGGGCCAGGAUAUGGCACAAUGGGAGCAGGAGUACACCGGCAGGGACUUCACAGCCUCCGUCAAGGGCCUGAACCCCUCGUACCUGGAGGGUGGCCUGACUGGUAUCUUCAUCGGCAGCUACAUGCAGGCAGUGACCCCCAAGCUCGCUCUUGGUCUCGAGGCUAUGUGGCAGAGGCCCGCGCUGAGCCAGCCACCCGAGGCUAUGGUCGCCUACUGCGGAAAGUACAAGAGCGAUGACUGGAUUGCUACCGCUCAGCUGUCUGCUACCGGCGGCCUCAACACCACCUACUGGAGGAAGCUGUCCGACAAGGUCCAGGCCGGUGUGGACAUGAGCUUGACCCUGGCGGGCGGCCCCGGCGCGAUGAUGGGCGGGCCGAUCCAGAAGGAGGGCACCACCACCUUCGGCGCAAAGUACGACUUCCGCAUGUCCACCUUCCGCGCCCAGCUGGAUUCCAAGGGAAAGCUGAGCUGUCUGCUCGAGAAGCGGGUUGCCGGCCCCGUCAUGAUGACUGUCGGUGCUGAUGUCGACCAUGCUACGCAAUCUGCCAAGCUUGGCCUGGCCAUUUCUAUCGAGACCGGCGGCGAGGAGCUCCAGGAGCAGCAGGAGAUGCUGGGCAACCAGCCAUCUCCCAACAUCCCCUUCUAAGCGCCCAGUAGCUCCGGAAGCGACGAUGUGACCGUUCCAACUUGUCCAACGACUCUCCGCUCCCAAUGCGAUGACGCACGCUCCUCCCAAUUUACAUCACUCAUAAUUUGGCGUUGACGAGCGAACGAGAUGAUCACGAACAAGACCAUCCGUGUGUCGUGGCAUCUCCAUGCCCUGUGUUUUACUAUCUUAGUUCGGCGGUUGGUCUGGCAUGCAGCAUGGUUGAUUUCGAUUUUGACGGCGGUUGGAGGCAGGGAGAUCCUUUUGCAUGACCGACUGACGAAAUGAUAGACAUUUCUUUAUCUUUCAUCCAACGCUAACCGCAAAGCAGUCCUAUGGCCGCGUAGGAGCCCUAAGCAAGGACCAGGCGCGGCCGAGGAGGAAUGAUCUUGUACAAUAGAGACAGCGAAGACCGGCGUAGGGCUCGGUCUGGCUGCAGGGGCCAAGCACGGUAAAAUGAUGCAGGGAGAGGCCACCGGGCCUUUCUGUCAUGCAGGGAAAAAAAGAGAGACCUGAUGCUACCUACCGUGAUCUGGUCUGUUAGAUCAUGACAGUGUGGAGGAUCUGACGGACUGGCUGGUGUAGAUAUAACCGAAAUCAGAUGCAUGUAAAACAACACGCACAUAGCAGCCGUAUAAUCCUUUGAGGCUCCACUA